AUGCAGUAUCUGGAGAUCUACUUGCUGGUAGUAGAUGCGUACGGUCAAGAGCAAAUCGUCCGUGUCUUGUUGGAUACUGGAUCCCAACCGAAUGCGAUUAGCGAGCGUCUUUGUCAGCAACUUCACCUGAACCGUAGGUCUGUUAAUGUACCGAUCGCUGGCGUAGAUGGGACCGUUAUGAACGCCAAGCAUGAAGUAUCUGCCGAGGUUCGAUCACGUGUGUCCGACUUUCGUGAGGUGAUUGAUUUCCUUGUAUUGCGGAAAGUGACCAGCGACACUCCAUCCGUACCGUUCAACGCAUCUGAACUGAAGCUUCCCAACGGUCUUGCACUGGCGGAUCCCGACUUUGGCACACCUCGUAGGGUGGACAUGAUCAUUGGAGCUGCUCACUUCUUUUCCUUUUUGCGGAAUGGACGGUUCCACCUCCCAAGUCUCCUAUUCGUCGAAACCGUGUUUGGGUGGAUUGCCUCUGGAACGAUCGAUGAGUCCAGUGGUAAUUUCCAGCAGCCAAUAGCAACUUGCCAUGUGGCGACAGUUGUACCGGUUGAUGAACUGCUGUAG